AUGCGCAAUAUAUAACAUAUUACAGGCAAACAUGGCGAACGAAGUAAGUGCGGAACAGGGAGGCAUGGAAGUUGCAAUUGACGAUGGCAUUCCUGCGGAUUCUUUCAUGCAGGAUAAUAUCGAAGAUUUAGUUGCGAUACAAACUGCUGCACUUGCUGAAGUUGCUAAACAGGAGCAAGAACAAGCGAAAUCCCAAGAAAGGGAGCGAUCAAGGUCGCCCACAGAUAAGAGGAGAAAGAGGUCAAGGAGCAGAGAUCGUGGAGGCAGGGGCGGUCGAGAUAGAGGAGGGGACCGUAGGAGAGACAGAGACAGGGGGAGAGAUGGGGGAAGGUCUAGACCCACAUACACAAGCAUCCCAGGUGCCAAGAGGAAUAAAGUGAUCCGUUAUGACUGCUGUGUUUUCAUCAGCAAUAUUGAAUACAAGGUGACAUGGCAAGAACUCAAAGAUAUACUCAAAAGGCAUGUUGGAGAGGUUGGCUAUGUGGAGUUAUUCUGCAACAGUGAUGGGACAUCUAAGGGUUGUGCGUUUGUGGAGUUUAAGAGCCGAGAUGAUGCAAAGAAAGCACUUACAGAGAUGGAUCGCUUUGAAGUCCACAACAGAAAGCUGGUUGUGAAAGAGGACUCCGAGGGUCGGCACAGUGAGAAAUACUUCAGGCAGCGUGAAGCCGAGGAGAAGGCCAAGACCGUGCUUACCCCACAGCUUCUGAACCAGCUGAACCUGGACCCAAACAAUCUGUGUGACACUGUCUUUGUGGCUAACAUCCCGUUCGAUGUCUCUUGGAGAAAACUCAAGGAUGUCUUCAAGGUUGCCGGCCCUGUUGCAAGGGUAGAGAUCAUGGAAGAGAAGGGCAAGAGCAGAGGGAUGGCCACUAUUCAGUAUGAGACCGUUCUGGCUGCUGUCAAUGCCAUUUGCAUGUUGGAUCGUCAGACCUUGUAUGAUCGCCGUAUGGCUGUCAGGAUGGACAAGGAAAAAGUCAGAACUACUGGUGGUGUGAAGGAACCUGCUCCCAGACCACCUCCUCUCCCAAGUGGCCUGAGCAGCAUUGGACCUAGCAUUGAGUCUUUGGCUGGAGGUGGACCAGGGCAAGACUUAGGUAUGAUAGGAGGAGGAGGUGGAGGAGGCAGCGGAGGUAUGUCAGAUCUUGGUGGUUUUGGCGGAGGAAGCAGUCUUCCCCAAGGACUUGGCGGAAUAGGGAGCUUAGGAGGAGGUCUCAGUGGUCUGGGGUUCAGUGGACUUGGAGGAGGUGGCCUUAGCCAGAACCUUGGCCAGGGCUUGAGUAGUGGACUAGGGAGCAGUCUUGGCUCUUAUGGUGGUUCUGGAAUGAGCAGCAGUCUUGGUUCUAGUGGUCUUGGGGGUCUAGGUGCAUUAGGGAGUCUUGGAAGCAGUGGCAGUGGAUUAGGUCUCGGUAGUUCAGAUCUUGGUAGGAAUGGUUCCGGUCUAGGAAGCUUGGGAGGAUUCGAUCUGGGCAUUGGUUCCGGGAGCAUGGGUGGCAGGAGCCAGAGCCUGCUGGGGAGCAACAGUGACCGCAUGGACAGGGGAAAUCCAAUGGGGCUGCCUAGUCUCUACGGGAACAACGAUAUGGACUUCAUGGACAACCAUGACAGAGACAGGGGCCUUGGUGGCAGAGGAGGAGACGUAGGUGAUGGUGGAAGGGACAGGUACAGGAACCGUGACCAAGGAGGUAACAGAAGGGAUCGAGAUCGAGACAGGGGUGGUAGGCGAGAUAGGGGUGAUAGGAAUGACAGACGUGGAGGAGGUUCUGGCGAUGGCGGUCGAGGCCGAGAUAGGGGAGAGAAAGGAAUGCCCAAGGAGGGUGGCACCCAAGUCUUUGUGCGCAAUAUCCCAUUUUCGUACUCCUGGCAAAAACUGAAGGAAGUCUUCAGGGAUGCUGGUAAUGUUACUUUUGCAUCUAUCAAGAAUGACGACAGAGGGCAGUCUCGUGGAUUUGGAACGGUUCGAUUUUCAAGUCCCAUGGAGGCCCAGAAUGCAAUCAACAUGAAAUCAGGAUCCCUCCAGGAAGGACGUGAAAUUGAAGUCUCUUUGGAUUGCUACUGAGAACAGCGUAAAGAUAUUUCUCCACUGUUUCUCUCUUUCUCUCUUAUUUUGUCGCUCUUUCUCUUUUCCCCUCCUUUUUCCUGUCUUUCUCACACACUUCCCCUCCUUUCUAUCUGGGUUUUAAGUGCCCUCUGCUCAUAACGCUUGCUUCUUUCGUCAUUUAUGCUUGUACAUAUCGCCAUCUUGUCUUCUGUUUUAUGGUGCACAAUCCAAGCAGUUUUGUUGGGUCUGCUUCCUGCGUCUCCUGUUCAGAAAUCCUUUCCCUUCUUGGCAUUUUCCUGCAACUGUUGACUUCUGAUGCAGCAAUUUGGUCAUGAUGUUUGAGUGGCAGAAGUCAUAUGUGUGGGUUACUUCAAAGAGCUAUGUAGUGUCUCAUAAUUCACUGUAAGUUUUGAAAUGCCGCCUGGAAUCUUAGUUUGUAUCAUUUUUGCAUUCUUCAUUGUUCCUUCAAAAAGAAUACAGAUUUAUUAUUGCAGCUCGUAAAAUUCCUCUAUAUGUCAUAUUUUUAUUGCUUGUAUGAAUUUUAAGAAAAAUUGAUUGGUUGGAAGGGUAUCAGUUUGGUAAUUUUUCAGAUUUUUAUGUGUAGACAUUCCAUUUCCUACAGCAAGAGUUGUUUUAUAUCUAUCAAAGGUGAUAAGUGCGCUCCAUGUGAAUUCCAUAGGAUCUGUUUACUAAAAGCAACUGCUGUGUUGGCUGAUAUUCAUGGCUUCCAUCCUACUUACAAAGUAAUUUUUAAAAUGUGAUUUCUUUAUUUGGAUUUGGCCAACCGUUGUGGCUGAUUUAUUAAUAAUCAUUGACAAAACAAAGGUAUAUGCAUUUUUUUAUUUUGCUGGGGACUUUUAUUGGAAAAGGUUGAUUUGUUUGAAUUGUACCAUCUUUUCCCAGCACAGAUUUCUUUUCAUUUUUCCCUUGAAUAUUCUGGAUUGAGGAAUUCUUGGUUGAAAGUUUUGUAACCGUUCCUUGAUCAGUAGUGAUGAUGCUUUGGAGACUGGAAUGAAAUAGUAAUAAUAUUUAAUUUUUAAUUCGUUGGUUUGCCUUCGUUAUGAUUAGCUGGAAAAUGUCAGGAUGAAAGCAGAGAAGAGUAGCAUUUAUUCAUUGUAAAUAAUCAAAUAGACUUCACCGCUGCAUUCAUUCUUUUGUUUGCGUGAAUCUGUGGAUGUCCAAUUUUACUCUGUAGAUCUUCUUGUAAAGAUGUAAUAAGAAAAUGUUUUAGAAGAUCGUCUUUGCCCGUGUCAAUUUGUAUGAAGGAAAAUCAAUUGAGAUAAUUUGGGAAGAUAAGUAUGUAUAUAUGAUAUAUCUCCUCGAGAAAUCAUGAAAAUUUAAUAGAUGUAUCUUUGAGUGGCUAUUGCAUCAUAAGAAUUUAAUUUCCAUCCUUCCGAACUUACUAUUCAGUUUGAAGUCAGCAAAUUUAUAUAUUGUGCACAUGAUGGAAGUGAUGCUCCUAGAUAUGAGUAAUGGACUGUGUCUGCUCAAUUCUUUAGUCUAAUCCAGUUGUAUAUGAACUAUUUUACAUCAGAAAAUUUGCAAAAUGUUAAUGCUCUAAUUAUACAAAAUUUCUUAUUCUCUGAGGAAUUAACUUGAAGAAGAUGGAGUUUGUAGGUCAAGUGUUUCAGCACAUUUAUUUAACAGCACAAUAUUUUUCUCUGUGAUUACUCCGUUCUCUGAAUUUCAUAUGAGGAAUGUUACUGGACAGUUUGGUAAACAUCAUCAUACAGUUGUAAAUAAUUACUUUUUAAUUUUACAUUUGUUGUCAUUUUUUUGUUCUGAUUCAUUUGAUGGAUGUGUUGUCAAAAUUAAAGCAUUUCUGUAGUCAAUAGAAGAUA